AUGGCGUCGCGUGCAUUUCGAAGUGCCCACAGUCGCCCAAAUCAGCUUCCUUUGAUACAGCACAAAGAAGAUGCUGAAGUUGCUACCAGAAAAAUAAAGCAGAACGAACGUGAACGUCUUGAAAUUGAGCAACUAGAAGCCCGCAUAGCCGAACAGACUCCAGCGCGCGGCUCGCAGCUCGAGAACGCCACUAGUUUUGAUCUAUUCCCACUGUCUCAAGCUUCAAAACGAGGUCUGAGGACCUGUGACUUUACAAAGCCCACCAAGAUUCAAGUGGGUGCAUUGCCACAUGCACUAGCAGGGCGCGAUGUGCUUGCAGCGGCCAAGACAGGCUCUGGCAAGACGCUGGCCUUCCUACUGCCGGUGCUGGAGAAGCUGUUUCGUCUUUCCUGGAGUGUCGAGGACGGACUUGGAGCUCUAGUAAUCUCACCCACGAGAGAACUGGCCCUUCAGAUCUUUGAGGUGCUGCGUAAUGUUGGCAAGGCCCACGCGUUUUCGGCUGGUCUGGUUAUUGGGGGCAAGAACUUUUGGGAGGAACAGCUACGUAUCAUUCGGAUGAAUCUCUUGGUCUGCACGCCGGGUAGGUUGCUGCAGCAUAUGGAACAGACACCUGCGUUUGAUACAAGCAACUUGCAGGUGCUUGUACUGGACGAAGCUGACAGAAUCCUGGAUUUGGGCUUUCGAAAAGAAUUAACAGCCAUCUUGGAGCAUCUGCCACCUGCUGGAACGAGACAGACGAUGCUUUUCUCUGCUACACAGACCAAGUCAGUGAAGGAUCUGGCUGCACUGAGCUUGCGAGAACCUGAGUAUGUUGCUGUGCAUGAGCACUCGGCCAAUGCAACGCCAAAGGGUCUUUCUCAGAGUUACGUGGUAACGCCACUGGAGCGUAAGUUAGACGUGUUGCUGUCGUUUAUCAAGUCGCACCUGAAGCAGAAGACGAUUGUGUUUCUGUCCACGUGCCGCCAAGUCCGGUACGUGCAUAGCAUUUUCUGCAAACUGCAGCCCGGUGUACCGCUCUGUGCGCUACACGGUAAGUACAAACAGGGCAAGCGUGUGGAGGUGUACUACGAGUUUUUGAACAAACCGGCCGCGGUUUUGUUUGCCACCGAUAUUGCAGCACGAGGAUUGGACUUUCCUCAGGUCGACUGGGUCCUCCAGCUAGAUUGUCCAGAGGACGCUGCUAACUAUAUUCACCGUGUCGGGCGUACGGCGCGUUACAACAAGCAAGGUAAAGCGCUGAUGUGCCUGUUGCCGUCCGAGGUGGACGGUAUGACAAAGCGACUCGAGGAUGCUAAGGUGCCCAUCUGUGAGACAAAGCUCAAUCCAGCUAAGACCGAGAGCUGCCACCAGAAGUUGGCGUCGGUUGUUGCGGGUGACAAGGAGAUUAAAGCGCUGGCACAGAAGGCUUUCAUGUCUUACGUUCGGUCUGUGUACUUGCAGCCAGAUCGGAAAAUUUUUGAUGCCACAACUUUGCCACUGGAUGAGUUUGCUGAGUCUUUAGGACUUCCUGGUGCACCGCGUAUGCCGUUCUUAUCCAAAAUGAAGGCUGAGCACGAAAAUGGUGGCAAUGCGGCAUUGCGAGACGAACUUCGUGGAAAGAAAAAUGUCAAUCGUAAGCUUCAACAGCUUAAAGAAAAGAUAAAGGCGGAGAAGGAGCGCAAGCGUUUGGCACAGCAGCUGGCUACUUUGGGGCCUAAAGAGCUGGAAGAGGCGAAGAAGAAGGAGAUAGAGAUGCAAGAGGAGGAGUCAGAAGAGGAGGAAGACUCGUUGAUGGUUGUCAAGCGGGUGCACAAUUGGGCAGAGGAUGACAUCGAGCCACUGGAUUUGGAGGCGCAUGGCGUCAGCAAGAAGAAAGAGAAGAAGCUGCGUGUGGAUUGCGAAGCCAUUAACGCAUCCAAGAUUGUGUUCGACGACGAGGGCAAUAGCACCAAGAUAGCGGACCGCCUUGAGGCCCGCAACACUAGCGGCAACGAAUUUGCCGACAUAGAGCAGCAUGCUAAGCGCUACACAGAGCAAGUAGCCGCUCGUCUCACCGCCAAGGAUGCUGAGGACCGUCGUCUGGAGAAGGAGCGUGUGCGUGCUAAGCACAAUAAGAGGCGCAUGAAAAUCAAGGGCGAGCGCGACGAUGUGAGCGAGGAUGACGGACCACGUCUUAUGACGGGCUCCGACAAUGAAGAUAUGAAAGACGGCGACAGUGAUAGCGACGAAGAAGUUAGCAGCGAUGAGGAGGAGGACGUGAGCAACAAGAAGAGGAAGAUCGAUCACAGCGCUGUGGCCAAUCAGGAAGCGAUGGCAUUGAGCAUGCUUCAGCGUCGAUAA